AUGGCAGAUGAAAAUUUGGAAUAAAUAAUUGAUAUGCCAGAAUAAUCUGACAUGAUCAAUGAUGCUAGAACUUAAGUAAUUAAUAAAUAAAUUUCAAGGCCAGAUAUGCAGUAGAACAUUUUAAAGUUGAAUCUUAAAUCUCUAAUUAUAUCAAGAAGUUUUUCGAUGAGAAAUAUGGUCCUAAUUGGCAUUGUGUUGUUGGUAUCUACAAUAAUUAAAAUNAGCUGAAGAAGAUAAAAGAAAAGCUGAAGAAGAAAAAAGAUAAGCUGAAGAAGAUAAAAGAAAAACCGAAAUAGAGAAUCUUAAAAUACAACAUUAAGUAGAAAUAGAAAAAAUGAAAUAAGAAACUGUUAGGCUAUAAAUGGAAAAUUUAGAAAAAGAAAAAUAACAAAUGAUAUUGAAGCAUGAUUUAGAAUAAAAAAACCUAAGACUAUAAAUAGAAAAUGCUAAUAAUUCUGCUAAUCUGAUGAAUUACUAGAGCCGACAAAAUUGUGGAUCACAUUUAGCUUCUCGCAAUUGUAAACCAAAAAAAAAAGAUAAAAAUGGCAAACCUGCCAAAACUGGUAAAAAGACAACUAGCAAAACAACUUAAUAGAAAUAAAAUUAGGCCACAAAAAGAAAAUUAAAAUGAG